AUGAAGAUUCCUUCGCUGACGAACGGCCUCAGAUCGUCGCUGAACAUCCCGGGGAUCCCAAAUGAGGCGUGCAACUGGCUCACCUGCUGCCUGGCAGGGUCGGUGGCUGGUCCUUGCUGCCUCUUCAACGGACAUCCUUCUUGCUGCGACUGCUACGGUUAUCUGAGGGGGUUCCGCUAGCGAUCGGCUGGUCGAGUCGUGUCGCCUUCGUUCCGUCCUUCAAACACUGCCGAUUUAGAUGCUCAUGGAAUUCGUGUGGUCGAUAAAAACGUUCCUCUUUCUCAGUGACUACAUGCGUAAAGAAGAAACGGUGCAGGUCUUGCUCGUUGUGUUCGUGUCGAGAUUCCCGCGUAGAUUCCAAGUGCGUUACUGUUGGGAUUUGUAGAGCGAUCCGGGUCACACUCAGAUUUGUUUAGAGAAAAUUUCAAUUUAAGGUUUGAAGGUAUGUAUCGGACGUCCAAUUCAAAAGCAUUCUGGAGUGGAUCCGACUCACUUUGCGCUCACAAUUUCUUCUUUGCAAAAAAAAAGUGUUGACGUGUAAUGGUCGUUCUGAAAAUCGGCUUUGUUUGUUUACUUUCAUACAGCAAUCAAGAAAAAUGCUGAAAUGAACGAUUUGCAUAGAAAUUGUGUUCUUUGUCAGUGGAUGGUCAAUUUGAAUUUUAGCAAGAGGAGACGUUAAGAGUUUCAAGAAUGAUCCGGUUCGGAACAAUGUUGAUCGCGAACGAAACCCAAGAGUUGACAUAUCGUGGUGUGACUCGCGUGGAAAACGACACGCUUUUGGGAAAAUCCUCAGAAGUUUUUUCAUUUUCCAUGAUUUUUUCCUGCGUCGAAUUCGAAGGAUUCUUUUGAAGAAAUAAAAAUCUGCGAACUUU